UUGUCAUUGUCAAGCGGUCUUCGGUGGAGGUCAUUGAAUUUUAUUAUUUUGGAAAUUAAAAUUUAAAGUGGUACGGUAGCUGAGUGAAUGUUUACUGUAAAUUUAUAAAAGAACUUUCAAAACAAUCAAGAAUACCAUUUAAAAUUUACCACAUGUAUUAAAAAAGUAGAAAGACACUUUGUUUUUAAAGAUAAUGGUAUCAGUUAUGAAACGUUUUAUUAUAAGGCUGCUGAGGCUGCGUAACAUAGUCAUUUUUACUCUCGCAGUGGUUAUACUGUAUGCAAUCAGAACAGUCACAGAUGUGAAGACUUUGAACGAUGUAGCCAGACCAGUGCGGACGUCUCUUAACAAAAUAUUAUAUAGUGACCAUUUUGUGCCAGCCAGUUUAAAGAAAAUAGACUGGCACAAUUAUCAGCAAAUAGAUUUUGAAAGGCAAAGAGUGGGAAUUGGUGAACAUGGUCACCCAGCCCACCUUCCUUCAAAGGAUGCUGACAUUGAAAAAGAGUUGUAUUCUGUAAACGGUUUUAACGGCGCAUUGAGUGACAAGAUACCAUUAAACCGUUCUCUACCAGACAUCCGCCAUCUUGGAUGUCACAAAAGGCAUUACAUUGAAUCUCUACCCACAGUCAGUGUGGUUGUACCUUUCCACAAUGAACAUUGGAGUACUUUGCUUAGGACUGCGUACAGUGUACUUAACAGAUCACCCCAGUUUUUAAUCAAAGAAGUUUUUUUAGUGGACGAUGCUAGUACAAAGCCAUUCCUCAAAGAUAAGCUGGAUGAAUAUCUAGCGAAGCACCUGCCGAAGGUGAAAGUGGUGAGGCUAAAGAGCCGCAGUGGGCUGAUCACGGCGCGGCUGGCGGGCGCCAAGCAGGCCACGGCGGAUGUGCUGAUCUUCCUGGACUCGCACACUGAGGCCAACGUCAACUGGCUACCACCACUGCUAGAGCCGAUAGCCCUGAACUACCGCACAGUGGUGUGUCCCUUCAUAGACGUGAUAGCGUACGACACGUUCGAGUACCGGGCGCAGGACGAGGGCGCGCGGGGAGCCUUCGACUGGGAGUUCUUCUACAAGAGGCUGCCCGUGCUGCCCAAGGAUGAGGAGAACAUGCCCGAGCCGUUCGAGAGUCCGGUGAUGGCGGGCGGGCUGUUUGCGAUAUCGCGCGUGUUUUUCUGGGAGCUGGGCGGGUACGACCCGGGGCUGGACAUAUGGGGCGGCGAGCAGUACGAGCUGAGCUUCAAGAUCUGGCAGUGUGGCGGGCGUAUGGUGGACGCGCCGUGCUCGCGCGUGGGCCACAUCUACCGCAAGUUCGCGCCCUUCCCAAAUCCCGGCCACGGAGACUUCGUGGGGCGGAACUACAGACGCGUGGCAGAGGUGUGGAUGGACGAGUACGCGGCGCACCUGUACCGGCGGCGGCCGCACUACCUGCGCAUCGAGCCCGGCGACAUCGCGCCGCAGAGGGCGCUGCGGGACAAGCUGCAGUGCAAGCCCUUCCGCUGGUUCAUGACGCAGGUAGCAUUCGACCUGACUGCCAAGUAUCCACCAGUUGAGCCAAACCCAUUCGCUUCGGGACAGGUGCGCCCUGCGACCAAUCCACAAUACUGUGUGGACGCCCUGCGCGGCCAGCAGAUGGACAAGCUGCAGCUGCGGCGCUGCGCCAGCGACGCGUCCACCGAGCAGGAGUUCGUACUGUCCUGGCACAAGGACAUCAAAAGCAAGAACAGAAACAUGUGCUGGGACCUGCCCGACGCUUCGCCGAAGAGUCCGGUGCUGCUGUACGGCUGCCAUCUCGGCGGCGGCAACCAGUUGUGGAGGUAUCACACGGACUCGCGACGUCUUAAACACAGCACGAAUGACAACUGCCUGGACUGGGACCCGGCCACGAAGGACCUGUUCAUAAGCCCGUGCGCAGACCGCAACACGCAGGAGUGGCUCAUAGACAACGUGGACGCGGAGAUGAUGGCGAAGUGGGAAAUCGUCGCCAAUCGUGUCACCGGGCCCAUACCCAUAGACGAUGCAUAGGUGAAAUUUUGCUAUUGACACACAAUAUAACUAUUGUAUAGGAGAAAACCAGUCUCUAUAAAAAAUUCGGGCCCAAAAAAUUCAAACGAUACAUUGUUCAAAAUUGGGCAUAAAUUAGAACAAUAUAAGGAGAUCUUAUGAGGCCAAUUUUCACAAAAAUCUAUUUUGGCUAAAUCAGCUAAAUUACUUGUAAAUGGUGAAUUUGCACAAGUUGAUCGGAUCCAUUUGGCUUGAUGUCUGAUUCAUUGCAUUAUCUUUGUCAAACUGACAGUUUAUUUGACAUUCAUUUGAAAUAUUUGGUCAACAGUAAAUUCAUUGUAUGAAAUUCAAUGAAUUUACUGUCAAACGUAUCCGAUGCCAUUGACGUUCACAUUUAAAGAUAGCGCGCAUUUUCAAAGACAGCUGACAACCUUCAGCAUGAAGAUACUGAAAUCAAUUUAUUUACCCUGUUGGCCAAUAUUAUUUCGUCUAAGACUCAAAUAGAGUAAUUUAGUAAUAAUACAAGAUUUCUAGUAUUUUUUUAUUUCUGUAUCGUUCUGAAGAUUGGGCCCAAUUUUGGAGUUUUCCUUUACAUAAUGUAUACCCGUCAACUUGUCGACUUUGUUUAUUGAAGUGAUAACUUCUUAUUGGAUAACCGCUUGGUAACGUAACGUGUUUAAAGCUGAAGUUGGCACGUUUGACACUUGCACUUGACAGAGCGAAUUUUGGACUGAAUUGAUAAUGUAGAGUAUUUUUUAUUUUACUACCACAGACUAUUUUAAAAGUUUCUAUGUUGUAGCUGUCAAAAUGUUCUUUACACCUCUCCGACAAUAGAGGAUUCUUAAUUAAAUUACGUACUUACGAUAAGUACGUAUCGGACGCAUCGUAUCAAAAGGGUUUUUAUAAUAUAUACAGUAUACAGUAUAGUGUUGCUUUGAUAGUAAAGUCCAGUAUUUGAAACAUUUUAAGUUAACAUUUACUCUCGAUUGUUGAUUGAUAAACAUUUCAGUGUAAGACCUGACUUACGUACCACACAAUUCAUAGAAAAAUGAGGCUGUUAAAUUAUUUAUGUAUUAAAAGUAUGUAUGUAUAUUGUAUAUUAAUAAUUUAAGAUAAAUAAAGAAAUACAGCUGGUUAGUGUAAAUUUUUAUGACAAGUUGUAUCAAUAUCGAGAUUCAUAUAAGUUGGGAUAGACGUCAUAGGCAAUAAUCCGACCAACUGCAAACCGAAACAUAUCAAUACAAAAUAUUAGCAUUUACUUAUUUUUUACCAUAAAUACUAAAAUCCUAAUCUGGAGGCGCCAGAACCAAUUUUUAACCGACUUCUUAUUACAUAGGUAGUAGAAAAAAUAAGUUCUUUAAUGUUUCGCAACUUUAUUUUUCUGGUUAGACUGAGCACACUUAAUGUAUUUUUUGUCGUCAUUAUGUACCAAAAUUUAGUUUUUUAGAUUUUUUGUUUCUUUUAUACACACAAUUAAUAUGUGUAAUAUGUACAUUUUACUACAAUUAGAGUAUUUAUUUUAUGUAAGUGGGAGUUACAUUAUAAUCGUUUUGGUGCAAUAUACUUAUUAUAUUUUAUAUAUGGGAAAUUCUCAAUCGAUGUUUUCUAUUGUAAUAUAAAUUAGUAAAUAUUUUAUUGUAGUUAAAGUAAAAGUUAAAAUGCCUUUUAUAUAUAUUUCUAUUGUACAUUAUUAUGUAGUUGUAAUGAAUGUACUCGUACUUAGCUAUGUAUGGAAUGCAAUUUAAUUAUUAAGUUUUAUGUUAAAAGUAGAUAAUUUACUAACAAUUUUAUAAUUUUGGAAUAAUGUUCGAAAUGUCAGCGUGUUUUUUGUAAACAUAGACGUUGAUGCGAUAAAUGGCAUGCGCAUAUUGGCGGCAGGGGAAAUCUACCCCUAAGAUUCUUUUAUCUGCCAUUGGGCUUUUCUUUUUUUUUCCUUAGAGGGGUAAAUCCUCAUGGAUUAUACUACCCGUUUGGGUAGUGCCGAACUCCUACCAGCUAAAAAAUCCCUUCUACCCCCAAAAAGGCUGAUGUACUAACUACUAUUUACUAUAACUGCUAUUCAGCCUACCACCACCACUUUAUUUUUCGAAUUCUUUUUCAUCCUUCUCUUUUAUCUUCAAUAUGGUUUCUACGAUUACGAAAAGUCGAAAAGCUACUUUUGUAGAUACCGUCUCUUGCAUACCGGCGCAUAGCAGUAUAUGUUGGUGCAUAGCGGCAUAUCUCAGCAUAUAUCGGCGUGUACCAGCUUAUACCGGCGUAUAUCAGCGCAUCCCGCCGCAUUCAGCAGCUCCAGCGUGCUCUUCCAUGUUUCCGGAAUAACUGCCGAUGCUUUGUUGUCCACCACUGAAGAUAAUACAUACCUUAUUUCAAUGGGAUAAGUAUUACAUUUAAUUGAUAACGAAAUAUUUAAUUUAUUUUUGUAUCCAUAUUUUAUUUUUCACUUGUAUAUUUUAGUGUGAUCUCUUGUAUGCUCUUUAGUGUGUUAGAUACUGUGCACAUGAGAGCACAGUAUUUUAUUUAUUAAUGUGCAUACAUUAAGUACUACGUUUGGACGAAUUUAUGCAAUAGCAAAGUAAGGAAUAUGCCUUUUUUUCAUUUUUAAUCGAUUUCUGAUGUUGCAAAAUUAUGAUAAAAGUUAAAUCACGAGAGGAAACAUUAUUAUUUGCUGCGAAAUAAGCACUUCAAAUGUCUGACAUUUUAACAGUAAUUUUUUGCAAGAAUAUUUACGUGAUAUGGACUUUUGAGUCCAUAAUUUUUCAGUGCCUUGUAGACCAAGUAUUUGAAUAGUGCAUGUUGCCAGUGAUUUUAUAGUCUCUUGCUAUACGCUUGACUGGCCUGAAUGUAAUGCUUAGUGUUAUUUUGCGUGUGAUGGAAGAAGAUGGUUAUGUAUGUAGCAAAUGUUUGAGCAAUAUUAUGGGAUACUAUGUGGUGUCCGAGUAGUGAUAUCCAUUUAAAUAAUUUGUAUGUAGUUAGACAGGAAUUUGCUUCAUAAAAAUAAAAAAAGUAGAUUUGCAUUGUAGGAAUAAUUCCUACAAAAGUCCAUAGGUCGAGGCGUAAUUUAUAUUUUCACGUUUAUUGUAAUUGAAUGUCAUCUUUCAGUAUAUUAAGUAGAAAAAUACUGUUACUUAUUGCAUUGUAUAAAAUUAUCUAGUCUUAAAGUUUUUGCCAGUGAUUUACUUAGAAUAAAAUUGUUGCGAUUUUUUAAUGGCAUAAAUGCAAUUUAUCCCCAGUUUCUCGAACCACUAGUCAAAUUAACCGUUAAAUUUUGAAUAAUUAAAAAUUAUUUUUAAAUUUAAAUAAAUAAUUAAUAAAUUAUUGAAAAAUAGCAUAUUGUCAUAAUGUUAGGUAAACAAAUCCAUAGGCGUGAUGAAAAACGUAAACUUAACUGUUACCAAGUUACAUGUAUAGUGGUGUGCACUUUAUAGAUGCAAAAAAGCUACGCCUAAGAACUCCAUACAAAGCUAUGUUGGACCACAGAAUAUAUCAGUUGGACAAAGAAUUUUCUAAUUUAUAGUACAUUUAAUUUACCCUAGUUAAAAACCUUAUGCACGCCACAUGUAAACCUUAUGUAUGUAUACGAGCGAAAUCGAGAGGACAUUAUCUCUGCCUUUAUCUGUCGUAAACAAUCAUGUUGUCAAAUUGUUUACAUUCUUUAUCUCGCCUCGUUUAACGUAGCAUGGAUUUGUUUACCGAAUAUUAUGACAAUCUGCUAAAUGAGUUAUUGAUAAUUCUUUCUAAAACUGGGGUUCCCUUGUUAAAUAUUACUAUUGGUUCAAUCUUGCGUAAUACUAUCCUAUUGAUGUUUAUGCUCUUUUUAUAUGUGCCUAUACGAUAAAUUUACUUAAAUUGUAGUUAAAUAUAUUAUAAAAUAAAUGUAUUUUGUUAAUACUUGAAGUCCUAAAUGUAAAAGAAUGUUCCAUUGAAACAUAUCACUAGUUGUAUGUAAGCACUUAAUAGUUUAUAAUAAAUUAUUUUUAUGUA